GCUACAUGGCAGCAUCAAGGCAGAGAAGUAAAGAAGCUGUUGGCAAAAUCUAUCCAUGGCUUCUGUUCAGUGUCAGAAACACAAUGAAAUCUGCCAAAAACAGAGCCACCACACCAAGUUAGGGCAGAAAAUCUGUGAGAUGACUAAUAAGGCUUUCAAAGGCCAUGGAAAUACCAACACCAACACUUCCUCCAAAGCAGAGACUCAUUGCUACACGCAAACUCAGACGUCCCAGAACGUGACCGAUCAGAGCGAAGCCAAAACCGAAACCGAGAUCACCCUUUUAGUUGUGCAGGCCCGCAUCACCCAAACUAACACCAACCAUCCUCCUGCUAAUCCUCGUGGAACAACCACGACGUGCUUUGGGAAUCAUACCUGGAAAAACCAGAACAACAAAAAGGAUAUGACUUUAUUCCGCAGGAUUAAGGACGGCGUGUCCCGUCAUAACAACUGUGACAACGACAGCAGCAGCGACAGCGACAGCGACAAGGAAAACUGUCGAAAGAGGAAGAAUUGAUGAAAGGUGCAGCAGCACAUCAGAGAUGAGCAACGUUUCCUGUUUGCGACGGUUGAAAAUGGGUGCCUUUCUUAAAAAUAAUCACCUUUAUGAUGGACAAACACAUAUUGUACUCAGAAGUUGAAGAAAAUAAAAAUAGCCAAUCUGAUUUGGCUAUGCUGUGUUCCCUAGUUAUGACAAAUAAACAUGUAGCUGUUUGGCUACCGUUAAGCA